UCAGAGUGUGAGGUGAUCACAUCACUGCCGGUCAUCAAACCCUAUUUUACUCAGGGAAAUGCUGGAGUGUGGCCUCUCGUCGGUGCCAUCCCUUAUUGCUUCUACAGCCAUUCGUUUUUAAGAUUUGUUAUUUAUGUUUUAAUGUGGUGUUUUUAAUAUUGAAAGCCCCUUUGUGUGCCCUUGAACGGAUAGGAAUAAAAAUAACAAGUCAGAAAGACAGCCAUGCCAUCUGUAGAAGAGAAUUUCCCUCGAGGUGGCACACAGAAAAAAGGACAAGAAGGAAAAGCAGCCAGACAGCUAACAUUGGACCAGGAUAAUUUAUUUAAAACACAACAUGAAGAGGAGACUCGGAAAAGAAAGAAAAACCAUCAAGAUGAAGCAAAGCCAAAAAAACUCAAGACUGAGAAGAAAGCUGUUCUAAAAACCAAUGCUAAGGAUUUUGAACUUCUGACCCCUGAGUCUCUCACUAAGGGGGUACUGCUCUUAGGAUGUGUAAAAGAGUCUAAUCAGUUUGAGCUGGUGAUCAGCCUGCCAAAUGGGCUCACUGGAUUUGUGCAAGUGACACGUAUAUGUGAUGCCUACAACAAAAUGCUGAAUGAGCAGGUGGCUACAGAUGAGCACUUAGAGGAUCUGAAUUCUCUCUCAGACCUAUUCUUUCCAGGAAUGCUGCUUAGAUGUGCUGUGGUUGGUGUGGAGAAGACUACUGCAGGACGUCAGAGUAUACAGCUAACAAUUAACCCCAAAGAUGUCAACAAGGCUUUGAAUGCUGCAACUCUGAGGCCAGGCAUGCUGCUUUCUGGAUGCAUUUCUAGUGUGGAAGAUCACGGCUACCUUAUUGACAUAGGCAUCCAUGCCGCAAAAGCAUUUCUACCUCGUCAGAAAGCCCAGGGUUACCUGCAGUCAACCAACAAAGGGGCUGAACUGAAGAUAGGCCAAUACCUGAACUGCCUUAUUGAAGAAGUAAAGAACAGUGGGAGGAUAGUCCGCAUGUCCAUCAAUCAGGCCGAGGUUGCUGGAGCCAUCGCCACAGAAGAACAAAACUGGUCACUUGGCAAUUUGCUACCUGGGCUGGUGGUCAAAGCCCAGGUUGAGGAGGUGACUCCUUUUGGAAUUUCUCUAAGUUUUCUGUCUUCUUUUUCUGGAAUCGUGGACUGCAUGCACAUGAAUUCUACAAAAGCAAGGAACUGCUCUCCAGGUCAAAUGGUGAAAGCCUGCAUUCUCUUCAGUAACCCCACCUCCAAGACAAUACGCCUAUCUCUGUGCCCAGUUUUCCUUCAGCCUGGCACUCAGCUUGGCCAGCUUGCUAGUGAUCAGAUUGGCAGAGUAGUUGCAGUCUCUAGAGUGAAGACCUUUCUCAAAAAAACUGGUGCCAUCUUCACGCUGGACGAUGGCUGUCUAGCUUUUGCAUGUAUAAAACAUCUUUCAGAUACUUCCAAAUCUUUCAAACCUGAAGCAUUUAAGCCUGGAAGCAAGCAUAAAUGCCGAAUUAUUAACUAUAGCCUAAUGGAUGAUGUGGUGAUGGUGUCUCUCAAACAACUCAUUAUUGAUGCUCCAUUUCUGAGAUAUCAUGAUAUUCAUCCUGGACAGGUGCUGGAAGGCACUGUGUUGACUUUGAAGCCUUUUGGUAUGCACGUAAAGGUGACUGAGCGCAUCAAGGGCCUGGUCCCCCGCCUGCAUCUGGCAGAUGUUCUUCUGAAACAGCCAGAGAAGAAAUACAGUGUGGGGAGCACUGUCAAGUGCCGGGUGCUUGCCUCCAAUCCUGAAGCAAGAAAGCUUGUUCUGACACUUAAGAGAACACUUGUCAAUUCCAAGCUCCCUGCCAUUUGCAGUUAUGAAGAUGCAAAACCAGGCUUGAUCACCCAUGGUUUUGUUGCAUGUGCUCGGGAGUUUGGCUGCAUUGUGAAAUUCUACAAUGACAUAAAGGGACUCGUCCCCAAGAAUGAGCUUGGCGGGGCAUCCUUUAUUGUUCCUCAAGAAACAUUUUAUGAAGGCCAGGUGGUCAAAGUUAUUGUCUUAAAAUGUGAGCCUGAGGAGGAGAGACUGCUGCUGUCAUUCAAGCUGACAAAUGUGCUUGCUGAGGAUGGUAGAGAAAAAGAGACUUCAAAGAAGCGAGAAGUGACAUAUGAAACUGGACAGAUUGUUGAUGUGAAAAUUCUUAAGAAAAAAGAAGAUGGACUGGAAGUUACAAUCUUGCCCAACAAUGUUUCCGCCUAUCUUCCCAUGAUGCAUCUCUCUGACCACGUGUCCAAUAGCAAAUUGUGGUGCCAUUGGCUUAAAGCAGAUGAUGAUCUUCAUAGAGUUAUAUGCCUCCAUGACAAGGGAGGUCAUAUUACCCUGAGCAGGAAGCCAGCAGUGAUUUCAGCUAUAGAGGAGGAGCAGGUGGCGAAGAACUUCUCUGACAUCCAGCCCGGAUUGCUGCUGACUGGCUUUGUGAGAAACAUCAUGCCUUACGGUGUUUUUGUCGAGUUUCCAUAUGGUUUGACAGGGCUGGCACCCAAGUCGGCAAUGAGUGACAAGUUUGUGACAGACACCAAAGACCAUUUUGUGGUAGGUCAGACUGUGGUUGCCAAGGUGACCAGCAUUGAUGAGGAAAAACAACGCAUUCUGCUGUCCCUGAAGGUGUCUGAAUGCUUCUCUGAGGAUUCUAUUUCUGAGAGCUUCUCCUUACUGCAUCAAUACUUUAAGGAACUGCAGGAAAUCGAGAACAUCAUGAACAGAAGAGAUGAUUUCAGGGUGGCUCAGAAAGUCUGUGAAUUAAAACCUGGGCAGAGGCUGAUGCUAAUGGCUCAGAAAGUCAAGUCAGAUGGUUCAGCAGUGUUCAGUAGCACCUCUAUUUCUGGCUUGACUAUAGUGGCUCAUCACAGUCACCUUGGAGGCAAAAAUAUUGUCCUGGGUGAAAAAACAAGAGCUGUGGUUCUAUACAUUGAUUUCCUGGAACUGAAGGUCUAUGUAUCGCUUAGAGAGGAGCUGCUGUCCUCCAAACCUAAGAAGUUAACACAAAACUCUCAACACCAGGCCAUCGUGCAGCAUGUGGCUGCAGAGCAUGCCGUUGUUUCAUUGAUAGGAACUGGUCAGCUGAUUGCUGUCCCUGUGGCUUCCCACUUCAAUGACACGUUCCGGUUUGAGUCUGAAAAACUGAAAAUGGGACAGUCAGUCAGGGUGGUUCUGAAAACUCUCAAGCCAGGCGGCCAUGGGCUCUUACUUGCUGUGCAAGGCCCAAUGAAGAGAAAGGCUGUAAUCAGGUCGCGACAUGAAUCUGAAACACUAGAGGAAACCUCAGCCAUUGUGAAACACUCGCUGUGCUUGGGAGAUGUGGUCAAAGGAACUGUCAAGUCAGUCAAACCUACCCAUGUCCUCGUGGCAAUUAAUGAUCAGCUGACUGGCUCCAUUCAUGCUUCCCAGAUCCUGGACAAUGUUUCCAUAGGGACCUUUCCAACAUCAGUACUAAAAGUUGGCCAGAAGGUGACUGCUCGGGUGAUUGGGGGCAAAGACAUUAAAAAUCACAGGUAUUUGCCCAUCACCCACCCCCACUUUACCCGUACCUGCCCAGAGCUCAGUGUCCGACCAAGUGAGCUGAAUGGAGAAAGUAAAACAGCCCUGGGUCCUGAAGACAGCAGUCCAGAAGAAAUAUUGAAACCCUUCAAGCCCGGACAGAUAGUGACCUGCUUUGUUAAGAAGUACACCACCACAAAGAAAUGGCUGGAGGUGGAGGUUACCCCUAAUAUCAGAGGGAGAGUUCAACAGCUUCUGCUUUCCCUUAGACCUAAGGUCUUAAAACAUGCGGGGAAAUACUUCAAAAAUGGACAGGCUUUGGCUGCGACAGUGACAGGCUGUGAUGUCACUGGAACCAAGCUCUGUCUGUCACUAACAGGAGUUUACUCUCUGGAGAAAGGAACCAUCACACUAGGCUGUGUGAGCAAGUUAAUUCCACAUGUUGGCCUGAAUGUUGUGCUUCCCUUUGGAAGGAUGGGCAAAGUGAGUCUUUUCCAGCUGAGUGAUUCAUAUGCUGAACAGCCACUAGAAACCUUCAGCAUUGGAAAAAUUGUCAGAUGCUGUGUCCUUCCCAGUGAAGAUAACAAAAUGGAAGUGUCCCUCCGACAAUCAAGGAUUAAUCCCAAGAGCCAUACUAAAGUGGAAGAUCCUGAAAUCACGUCCGUUGAUAAUAUUCAGAAGGAUCAGCUUCUCAGAGGCUAUGUAAAAUCCAUCACACCUUCAGGCAUCAUCUUUGGGUUAUCUGAUUCUGUUGUGGGUCAAAUCCCACUGCAAUAUAUCACUCCUGUUUUUGUCCCGGACCAGUCAUUGUGUGCCAAAUACAUCCACGUAGGUCAGCUCCUCACUGCCAAGGUCUUCAGUAUUAAUAAAGACGAGAACCUUGUGGAGCUCUCGCUCCUUCCUGAAGACACUGGGAAGCCAAGUAUUCUCCCAGAGUCCCUGGAGCUGCCACAUGGUGAAACAGACACAGACUCCACAAAGAUGAGAAAGCGAAAAAGAGGAAACUCUGCAAGUGAGCAGGAGGUAAAGCCACCAAAGAAGAAAGCUCGUUGCCCUGAAGAUGAUGAUAGUGGUGUUGAGGUCUACUAUCGGGAGGAGGAGGAAGAGAUGUGUGAGAAGAAAUCUAAGCAGGAAAAAGAAGUUCCAAGGCUGAAGGUUUCAACCAGCUUUACAUGGGAAGAAGGCUUAAGUGUGCUGGAUGCAACCGUAUUGAAGCUGAGGGAACAAAGCUCUGACAGUGAAGAAGAAGAAGAUACAGAGUCGACGGCCAAGAAGCAAACAAAGAAGGAAAAGGAGCUGGAGAAGCAGAGGGCAGAGAAGGAACUCUCCAAACUUGAAGCUGCCCUGAUGGAUCCCAGCCGGCAGCCUCAGACAGCCAAUGACUUUGACCGCUUGCUCCUUGGCAACCCUGACAGCUCCAUCCUCUGGUUACAGUACAUGGCUUUUCACCUCCAGGCUACAGAGAUAGAGAAAGCAAGAGCUGUGGGAGAAAGGGCACUCAAGACCAUCUCCUUUAGAGAGGAGCAAGAAAAGCUGAAUGUGUGGGUUGCGCUGCUGAACCUAGAGAACAUGUAUGGUACUGAGGAAGCACUGAUGAAAGUCUUUGAAAGAGCCACUCAGUACAAUGAACCUCUGAAGGUCUUCCAGCAGUUGGCAGACAUCUACACUGGCUCUGAGAAAUACAAGCAAGCUGAUGACUUGUACAACGCAAUGCUGAAACGCUUUCGUCAGGAAAAAUCUGUGUGGGUGAAAUAUGCCACUUUUCUCCUAAAAAGAGGCCUGGUGGAAGCAGCUCACAAGCUCCUCCCACGUGCACUGAAGUGCCUGCUGGACAAAGAACAUCUGGAUGUGAUUUCAAAGCUGGCACAGCUGGAGUUCCAAUUUGGUGAUCUGGAGCAUGGCAAGGCCAUUUUUGAGAAUACCUUGAGUACCUACCCAAAACGUUCAGACAUCUGGUCAGUGUAUAUAGACAUGAUGAUAAAGCAUGGCAGCCAAAAGGAAGUACGGGAUAUUUUUGAACGUGUAAUACACCUAAGCCUCGCAGCAAAGAAGAUGAAGUUUUUCUUUAAGCGCUACCUGGAAUACGAGAAGAAGUAUGGCACAGAAGAAACAGUCCAGGCUGUGAAGGCAGCAGCACUGGAAUAUGUGGAAUCUAAGAGCAGUCUUGCUGAUAGCUAACUUCUAGAGCAGACAGACUUUUUUUAUUCUUGCUUGCUAUCUCUGCACAUUGAGAGACAGAGUAAGAGAAGCAUAUCACAGCUCUAAGGAGGAAAGUAUUCCUGUUUGCUGCAUUCCCUGAUCUCAACAGCAGGUUGGGUUAGCCAGGACCAAAACACUGUGGCUUAUCAAGAACUAUACAAGAGAAUAAUCUCUGUAAAUGUUUAUACCUAUUGUACCUUGCUAAAACUUUUGAAUAUGAGAAUUAUAUUUGGAGCUUUAUUUAAAUGUGUUUUAAAAAAAAAGAUUAGCAGAAAGUA